GUGUGUUCAGUGUAUGAUGAAUUACUAGAGCUCCUGCAAUAUGAAACUGGCUUGAAGAAGCACCUGGAUCGUUCAAGAUGCUUCAGUAUUGGAUUCCCUAUGAAUGAAAAUGAAAGACUAGGAACACUCUUGGAAGUUGAAAACUGCCUUGCCAAUAUUGCCAGGCAAGAGAGAUGGAGAGAAACAAUUCCCAAAGAUUGGGCAUACUGUGAAGUUGUCUUGAGGAGUAAUAAGCAGAAAGGACAGAAACUUAUUUCAUUAAAAGAUUUCAGAAAACAGGUUGCAAUCAAAAAGACGGGAAAAGACAGGGAUACGUGUGAUGUGUUGCGAUUAUACAAUGAUUUUGGCAUCAUUCUGUAUUUUAAUGAAAACAAUUUGAGAGAAGUUGUAGUAACAGAUGUGCAAUGGUUUGUAGACUGUUUUAAGUCUAUCAUUACAGAUCCCAUGCAUGUUAGAGACUUAGUUCAAAAUGACAAAGACUGGCAGUAUUUCUAUAAUAGUGGCUAUCUUUCCGAUGGUCUUUUAAAAAGAAUCUGGAAAAACCAGAAAAUGGACAUUAAAAAAUGCUUUUCAGCAUUGAAAUACAUGCAACGCCUGGGUUUGGUUGCGAUUGGAAAAAAAAUGCAUUACAUUGCAUGUAUGAAUAAAUUAGAAUUCACACAUGAACUGAAAUCUCGCGUUUGGUCCUUGGAGGAGAAAACAUCAGUGUUGGUGUUCAAUUUUAAGUUCCUUCCAAAUUUUUUUUAUUUUCGUCUUGUUGUUGCAUUGAUUGUGGAGGAAGCUGAAGACAGCAAAUGGACAGUGAUUGAAGACAAUGGACAGAAGUGUUUGUUUAAGAAUGUAGCAUGCUUCAAACAUAAGGAACAUAUCAUUAUUCUUGCACUCCAAAUAUCAUCCAUUCAAGUGCAGAUUUUUAGAAUGGGGGAAAACUGUCUUGUUUCUCCAAUUACACUUAACAUUAGAAAGAAGGUUGAAGAUGUUUUGAAGAAACUGACUAAAAACUUCCAUAAGAAAACAAUUUACACAGUUGGAUUCCAAUGUUCCACGAAGAACGUUCUUGAAGAAUGUGUCACAUCUUUCCUGCCUGAAGAAGCCAUAUGUGGGAAAGAAAAAUUUUCAUGUCCAAAUCAUGGACUGCAAAACUAUCAUGAGAUAGAUCCAGUUGACAUUCUUUGUUACUGGAAACUUGGGUAUUACCCAGGCUACUACUCCAAGAAUGAUGCAGGGAAUCUUACUGAAAAUGUCCUGUCUGAGAUGGAUCUGGUGAAAUUAACAAAAGUGGUUGGACCCAAAGAAUUGGAGUUAGUCGCUAAGUAUCUUGGUUUGACACAGAUACAAAUUGACACAUUAGAAAUGGAAAACACUUCAAGAUCUAUUCAUACUCUGAUCCACAAAAUUUUUCUUGCUUGGAAGAGGAAAGCAAAGCAAAGAGCAACUAUGGAAGAACUGGAAAAGGCUUUUCAGAAUGCUGAAAGAGAGGCAGAUGCAAAAAUAGAUUGGAACAAUUUCCAGAAGGUCAAAUCUGAUAUUCUGAGGAAAAGAAACUCUUUUUGAAGGAUAUGUGGC